AUCGCCGAGGCUUGCGACUGCAGGAGGGAGCCUACAGCACCGAAGAUCCUUGCAGACCCCACAGAUUACGCGUGCAUCCUUCCAGACCUCUGACAACUCCCAGCAUCCCGGCGAUCACCCAACGCCCUGGAGUUGGGGCGAGGCCACGUGUCUGCGGGGACGCUGUGCACCUUCGGUCCGGGAAACCUGAGUCGAGUGCAGCCGCGCGUCCUUAGAAGCCCGGCGAGGAAAGGAGCCGGGGCAGCCAGAAGCAGCGAGAUGAGCCCUCAAGUCGGCUGAGCGCGCAAGGAGCUGGCCCGGCCACCGCAAGGGACAUGGCACCUUGGCUCAAGAGAAGGCUUCGUGGCAAAAGGCGAUCAGUGAUGGCAUUCUGCCUCUUGAUGACCCUGUCUUUCAUGGCUGUCACACACUUUCCGCCGCUGCGUCCAGCCACCAGCAUGGAUCCUGGGCCCAUGGAGCCCCAGGGGGUCACUGGCACACAUGACCCCCGUGUCCAGCGAGCUCUGAGCCCUAGCCAGAGACAGUGGGCAAGAAACCUGGUGUUCUGGAAAGGCUCGGCUUUGCCCAGGAAUUCCAACUUGGUCUGUGCUGAGGAGCAAGCCCACAGAGGAAGAGUGGACAGAAGCAGGAGGUCCCUGAGAGAUGACAACAGACGUCCAGGGAGGGUCAGGAGGGACAUUCCUUCGGCAUCUCUAGGAAAUUUGAGACUCAGUACCUGGCGUCUUGGGCUCCUGGGGGAGGAUAAGGCCAUGAGUCCAGGAACCAAAGACCUGGGCCACCCCCAGCACACUGAUCCCACCCGGGAGUCACAGAACAAGACGGGCACCCUGGUCAGCCAUCUCGGAGGGAGCCACACAGCGGCUUCACAGGCUUGGAAAGCUACUGCUGGACCAACUCUCCAGCCCCAACCAGCCGAAGGCAGGAGUCUGCCAGGAGCUGAGAGGACAGUCUUGGCUGGUGGUCGACAAGCAGAGGAUCCUGCCCCGGCGUGGGGGGCUCGUCAGUGGCCUGGCUCUGUUGGGAAGCUGCAAGGAUCCGUAUGGUGUGACGCUGAGCACUCAGGGCUGUUAACCAGUGGGCAGGUGCCCCCCUGGCUCACAGAACACGAUGUAGAGGCCCUCUGGCUGCUGGCCCAGGGGGAGGUGGUGGGCAAAGCCAGGAUUCCCGCCCAUGGGCAGGUGCUGCAGGUCGGCUUCUCUCCCGAAGGGAGCCUUCAAGGUGUGUCUGCUCCCGGGCUCAGCCAGCUCUGCUCCCAAGGCCUCUGCGGCCUAAUCAAGAGGCCCGGGGACCUGCCCGAGGUCCUGUCCUUCCAUGUGGACCGUGUGCUGGGGCUGCGCCGGAGCCUACCCGCUGUGGCCCGGCGCUUCCGCAGCCCGCUGCUGCCUUACCGCUACACGGAUGGGGCCGCAAGGCCGGUCGUCUGGUGGGCACCCGACGUACAGCACCUGGGAGACCCGGACAACGACCAGAACUCUCUGGCCUUGGGCUGGCUGCAGUACCAGGCCCUGCUGGCGCGUAGCUGCAGCUGGCCAGGCCCGGCCCCGUGCCUGGGCAUCCGCCACAGCGAAUGGGCUCGCCUGGCACUGUUUGACUUCCUGCUGCAGGUCCAUGACCGCCUGGAUCGCUACUGCUGUGGCUUCGAGCCUGAGCCCUCGGACCCCUGCGUGGAAGAGAGGCUCCGGGAGAAAUGCCGGAACCCGGCUGAGCUGCAACUGGUCCACAUCCUGGUCCGGAGCAGCGACCCGUCUCAUCUGGUCUACAUCGAUAAUGCCGGCAACCUUCAGCACCCUGAGGACAAGCUGAAUUUCCGGCUGCUGGAGGGCAUAGACGGGUUUCCGGAGUCUGUUGUGAAGGUUCUUGCAUCUGGGUGUCUACAGAACAUGCUGCUCAAGUCACUGCAGAUGGACCCAGUGUUCUGGGAGAUCCACGGCGGGCGCGAGGGGCUGAGGCAGGUUCUCCAGACCCUGGAGCGGCGAGGACAAGUCCUGCUGGGACACAUUCAGAAGCACAACCUGACACUCUUCAGGGAUGAGGACCUGUGAGUGCUGCCACUGCCCAGGCAGCCCUCCUGCCUCACCACUGGGGACACCUCACAACACAAACCUGAGCCCACAAUCACCCAUCGGACGGCCACAUUGUCUUGGGCUCAGCCUUCUUGAGGACAACUGGGAGAAGCCAGAAAACAAACCAGAGGGCACCAUGGAUGCCUCGGAAAGUUCCACCUACUUGGGUGGUGGAGGCGGUUGUGGGUGUUGGGGUUUCAGUCUCACCACAUUCCUACAGGGAAAUAUCUGCCUUUUCUGCCUUCUUGGCUCUGGCUAUUUACUCCCUCACACCAAUAAAUACAUAAAGAAUG